AUGCCGAAUGAAGAGAGAGAUACCCCAUCGACAUCAGAAGAAAAGAGGACCGAACAGCAUCCAGGCAGCGGUAUUCCUAAGACGGACACUAGAACAAGCCAGGAAAGAGGUUGGUCACAUCACGAAAUGGACGUCUUCAAAAGGCCAAUGUGUUUGAUAAGCACUGGGACGAAGAAUGUUCUAUCGAUUGAAGAGGAUGUCCUGGGGCAAAUAUCAAGAAUAGACUGGCCAUUGGUUAUAAUUUCCGUUGUUGGACUUUACCGAACGGGGAAGUCUUAUCUAAUGAAUAGGUUAGCACAAGCAAAUGAAGGGUUCGCCCUUGGUAAUACCAUUGAGUCGAAAACAAAAGGCAUAUGGGUCUGGUGUCGUAUUCAUCCUGAAAAACCGAACACCGUCUUAGUUUUGCUUGACACUGAAGGUCUUGGUGAUGUUAAAAAGGGAGAUCCCAACCACGACAACCGAAUUUUCACUUUAGCCGUUUUGCUUUGCAACACUCUGGUAUACAACAUGAAGGGUGCAUUUGACCAGGAUGCUGUAAAUAAGCUAACGUAUCCUUAA